UUUUCACAAUAGUUAUUUUAUUCAUGGUCCUGCAGCUGCAAUUUUGGAGGCAGCCCUGCAAGCCCACUGACAUUGCAGAGAGAUCAGUUCAUCUGCUCAGUGGAAAGAAUCAGGAUUUCCUCAGUAACUGCUCCAGAAUCAUCAAAGGGGACGUGGAAGCCAUUGAGCAUGCACUCUUGAGCCAAUUACUUAUUGCAAAUAAGAAAAAGCCUUUAACUGAGAAUGACUAUUUGGACAUGACUGUGGAUUGUCCUGCCUUUGUAAAAAACAGAAGAUUCCUUACCUUCCCACUCAGCCAGGAGGAAACAGACUUCCCAAUCGCCUACUCCAUUGUGGUGCAUGAGAAAAUCGAGAUGUUUGAAAGGCUUCUGAGGGCCAUUUACAAUCCCCAGAAUGUAUACUGUGUCCAUGUAGACCAGAAGUCUCCAGAGGACUUCACCAAGGCUGUGAGAGCCAUCGUGUCCUGCUUGCCGAAUGUCUUUGUGGCCAGUAAGCUGGAGAAAGUGGUCUAUGCUUCUUGGUCACGGGUGCAGGCUGAUCUGAACUGUAUGAAGGAUCUUCUUGCAACAGCUGUCCAAUGGAGGUAUCUUCUGAACACCUGCGGGACUGACUUUCCUAUCAAGACCAAUGCUGAGAUAGUCCGAUCCCUCAAAGUGCUGAACGGCAAGAAUAACUUAGAGUCUGAAACUACCCCAGAGUAUAAGAAAAAACGUUGGAGAUACCACUACGAGGUCACGGAUUCCGUAAGCAGGACUGAUACAAAGAAGAGCCCACCUCCUAUUAGCACCCCAAUGUUCUCAGGCAGUGCUUACUUUGUUGUCACCAGGGAGUUUGUGGAGUACCUGCUUGAAAGCCCUGAAGCACAGAAGUUUUUUGAAUGGGAAAAGGAUACCUACAGCCCUGAUGAGCACCUGUGGGCCACUCUCCAAAGAAUGCCUGGGGUACCGGGCUCCAACCCACCAAAUGAAAAAUUCCAUGCCUCAGAUAUGAUCUCCAUUGCCCGGCUAGUGAAAUGGUCAUUCUUGGAAGGAGAUGUCAGUAAAGGGGCUCCCUAUCCACGCUGCACUGGGAUUUAUCAAAGAUUAGUUUGCAUCUACGGCUCUGGGGAUCUUCAGUGGAUACUCGGACAUCAUCAUCUCUUUGCCAAUAAAUUUGACACUCAAGUGGAUGACAUUGCAAUCCAAUGUCUUGAAGAGCAUCUCAGGCGCAAGGCUAUUUAUGGAGAAGGUUUAUAGACACUGUGAUUAGCCUGAACUGGGACUUGAGAAUUAUAUAAACGGGGAGAGGUUUAUUAUUAAAGUGGUAAUGGAAAUGUAUAAGUUUCA